GCGCCGCCGCCACAACAGUAAUGAGUAAAGUGGAAACCCAGUUUUAAAAAUGGCAUAAUUUAUUUUCCAUAAAAAAGAGAAAGAGAAAUGUCGUCCUUGACUGGUAUCCCGUUUCAAAAAUGGUUGGCUGCUUCUCCAUCGAUUUCUCCGCUCAAAUCUCUCCUUUUUAAACCCACUUCUUGCAAACCUCUCUUCCAUCCCAAACCCACUCAUUUCCUCCUCCGUUUCGCCACCUCAACAGCCAUGGGUGAUGUCGGCAUGGACGCUGUGCAGAGGCGCCUCAUGUUUGAAGACGAAUGCAUAUUGGUUGAUGAGAAUGAUCAAGUGGUUGGUCAUGAAUCCAAGUACAAUUGCCAUCUGAUGGAAAAGAUCGAGGCUCUAAAUCUGUUGCACAGAGCUUUCAGUGUCUUCCUGUUUAACUCAAAAUACGAGUUAUUGCUUCAGCAACGAUCCACAACCAAGGUUACUUUCCCGUUGGUGUGGACAAACACCUGCUGCAGCCAUCCACUAUACCGUGAUUCUGAGCUUAUCGAAGAAAAUGCUCUUGGUGUGCGGAAUGCUGCUCAGAGGAAGCUGUUGGAUGAACUUGGCAUUCCUGCUGAAGAUGUCCCUGUCGACCAGUUUGUUCCUUUGGGGCGUAUGCUGUACAAAGCCCCGUCCGAUGGAAAAUGGGGAGAGCACGAACUGGAUUAUCUCCUUUUCAUUGUGCGGGAUGUGAGCGUGCACCCAAAUCCAGACGAAGUACAUGAUGUCAAAUAUGUGAACCGGGAAGAGCUGAAGGAGCUUCUGCGGAAAGCGGAUGCCGGUGAGGGGGGUUUGAAGCUGUCACCAUGGUUCAGGUUAGUGGUCGAUAACUUCUUGUUCAAGUGGUGGGAUCACGUCGAGAAAGGGACCAUAAACGAAGCGGUUGACAUGAAGACAAUUCACAAGCUCAUUGAGAAACCAACUGCGUGAUUUGGUUUCAAUUUGUGUCAUCUUAUCUUUAAAAUCGUGUGUCAAGUUUAGGUAUCUCCUUUUGUCUUUGUUUACUGUUUCUCGUGGCUUUCAAAUAAAUUUAUUACUACUUCUCAA